UGACAGGUCCUUAAGGAUUGUUACCUAAUGGGAUUUACCGUACUGUGCUGAUGGCUAUAUUGUCAAAUACACAAAGAGCAUAGAAUUGAUGAAGAUGUAAUGAAGCCAUGCUUUGUUUCGAUGUCGAUCCCAUACCAAUGAAAACAUGAAGCAUACAACUGCUGAGAUAAAUUCUUAUUCGUAACCUAAUUUACACGACAUGGAGGAGGUCCUGCAGACAUUUUACCAGUGUGGGAUAUGUCAGGAACCUAUUACAUACCCAAAGAAGCUCAAAUGUCAACAUGUCUUCUGCCACGAAUGUCUGGUAGUCUACAUCACUGACUACUUUGGCAAAGCUUCGUUUCCGUGUCCAGUGUGUCACUAUAAGCAUUUGCCAGAGGAACAGGAAACAGUAAUUACCCAGGAUACAUUACUGAUACUGGAGGAGGAUUCUCUGAUGAGGGAUGUCCGCCUAUUUUUCAAAGACGGCGAGAAACCGCAGCCAAUAUAUAAUGCAGAUGGAAUCAACAGAGUACCAUGCACCAUUCAUACUGACAGUCUGUGCGGUUACUUUUGUCCAGAUUGUAACCUGCUUGUGUGCACACAAUGUAAACGGGAGAUGCAUCCACACUGUCACCUGCGCCAAAUAGACAAGAGAAUGCGUAUGGAAGCAUAUAACGACAUCCGAAAAGUCACUGCAGAUUUAACAGAUUUCCUGUCUGAAGCAGAAACUGUUCACACUGAUCUAAAUUCAAAACUAGGGAACAUAUUCCACAACUCCCCAGAGCGUGUUGAAACAAUCAAGUUAUAUUAUUCAGAUCUGAAAGAAAAGGUUGUGAAAUAUCUGGAGGAGCAAGAACGGGAAGUACUAGAAAAAACAAUGAAACUGGAAGAGAAGGAGAAAGCACACUUGGAGAACGACAUAGGUGUUUGCUCAAAGAUGGUGACCUCAGUAGAAUCGAGACAGAGACUUGCACAUGUUGUACAAGAACGAACCUCUACAAAUGCAGCGGAAAACUUGGUGAUAAUAAAUCACUUACGAAAAGAUUGUGAAGGUUUUAAAAAGAUGCUGUCACAACUACAAUCAGACGUCGACACCGACUACAAUGUAAGAUUCAUUAUCAACACAGAGUUGGAGGACAAACUAACCAACACAGAUAUCGUGAGAAUCGAAGUGAUUGACAGUUGUCAUAGUGAUGCAUCUGCUGUAACAUUUGAACAGGAAGGUGGGUUUGAUCAGCAGGCAUCUGGGUCUUCACUAAUCGGACAACAUGCUCAAGAAGAACCGUCUCCACCUGAUGAUGACGAAUCACUACCAACAUACGGAAGUGUAGUCCGUCAGUCCUUCAUACAAAGACGACGUCCAUUCAAAACAUCCAUUGUGCGACGCAAAGAAUCGGCAUCCAACCCACUAGUACCGACCUUCAAUGAUCCGUACACGCCUUCUGCAAGUCCUAGGCCUUACCCCACGCCUUAUACUCAGGUUCCCCCUUUACAACCGUCUGCACCUCCUGUGUCCAUGGCUGCUUCCUCUCAUCCAUCUGACUUCCACUAUGCACUGCCUCCGUGCUCCUUGGCUCCUAUUCCCCCGAAUGCAAGAGUUAUUACCAUGUUAAAAUUUAGAUCAGAAAUGGAUACAAAAAUAAUGGGAAACAAUCGUGUUCCUUCCUUAGUGGGUAUAGCCAUGCUCGGAGAAUUCUUCGUCGUCGUCGACCAAACACACUGUUGUGUUAGACGUGUGAUGCAUGAUUCUAUGAACAUGGUCGCUCAGUACAUGUUCGAGAGAAUGGUACCGUGGGAUGUCGCCGGUGUGACGGAAACAUUGUGUGUGGUGACCUUUCCGAAUGAAGGAAAGCUACUCUUCGUAAAUUUUUCUCACAGUCCAAGUGGCCCGCCAGCUACUCUACAAAGGACAAUGAAAAGUGGAAAGUAUUUGAGUAUCGGGUAUUGUAAAACUAGUGAAAGACUAAUUUGUGGAAGGGGGCCACCAUUCUCAGCAGCAAGGAUUGAUAUUUUAAACAUGCAAGGACAAGUUAUAAAAUACAUCAACCUGAAGAACUCUCUUGCGGUUCCUAGGUGUUUGGCGAUAACAGGGUCGAAAUUCUUGGCAUUUUGUGAUAUUCGUAACCAUGAAGCCAUGGUUUACGACAUUGAAAACACCAGAAAAGCCCCUGAGGUUUUGCGACGUUAUGAGUUUCAUUCACUGAAGGAACCGCAAGGAAUCGCAAUACUUCCCCUGCUGAAAAGUUUUCUCGUACUUGAUGCUUCAUGUGGGGACGUGUAUAUAACAUCACAUUCAGGUUACAUACGCAAAUGUUUGAGUGGGGAUAUCAGUUUGGAACGGCUGGGUUACACAGAGAUAAAGUAUUCCAUCAGUAUAAGUAUGGACCAAAGGAUUCUGGCUGUAGCUCACAACAAUGGGACAAUCAAGUUCUACGAAAUCAAAUACAUGUAACGGUGGACAACCUUGGACGUGUGCUACAAGUAUAACAUCAACAUAGCCUGCAAUGGACAAAUUGCAAUGACUACAUCUAGUAAAUAGUGAAAAGUCUUGAAAUAGCUAAUGACGUAAAAUUAUGUACAUAUAGAGGACAGAAAGAACAACAUAAAUACACUAAACUCGGAAUUAUUCAGUGCAGUAUAAAAGAUAUCUUAAUGGUGGACCACACUGGGAAGGUUCUUCAUGUAACAGAUACAAAAGUGUACAUGUAACAAGACAGCAACGUAAUAUAUUGCAAUACUAAAUGAAUAUAACAAUUGACAAUGGUAUACAACACAUUAAUGGACAUUAUGGGGUUUUUGACCCGUGUCAUCUCACCGUUGACAACUUCAUGGAGCUUCUGUUAUUUCAGAUGAUGUAAUAGUGGAGUUUACGUGACGGUUCUUCGACACCAAAUACGUAAACAGGCGUAACAACAAGGAGAGUGUUCUUUGAUACCUUUCUGAAAAGGGACAAACUGGGAAGUUCUCUACAACAAAUAUAUUCAAACGGUGGAUAACAUAAGGAAGGUUCUGAGAAUUGAGAUAUAUAAAUCUAUAUACAACAUGGUGAGCACUCAUCUAUGGUAGCGGGUAUCAUAACUUAACUCGAUUCCCAUGACUAAGGAGACAACUGUUUACCAGGGAAUUUUCGCCUAGGCAAGCCUUCGCCAAUGAAAUCAGUUUUCGCCCAGUGUUUAUUUCGCCCAGGGGUUAAAAGGGGAUAGGUGGGAACAGAACAUAGGGAGGGGACGUUAUGUUAGAAAUAUGAUUUUGACAAAUACAUUUUUGGAGGCUUAUACUAUAAAGUGUACUCGGGGGUCCCGAUGGAUAAAGCACUCACCUUUCACUAAGUCGGCCGAGUUCGAUUCCCCGAUUUAACAUGAAAAUGUAUGGAGUCACCUGCCCGACCACGUGGGUUUUCUCCAGGUACCCAAGUUUCCUCCCACAUUAUCGAUUUUUUUCUCUCCGUUUUUGCUCUUCUACAAGAUACAAGAGUACAAGAUCUUAUAAGUAAUGUGCAGAGGAGCUAUUAAGGCAUAUAGGCCUCUUGUAGGUUCGAUAAGUAAUAGUCUUGACUUUGUUUUUGAGCAAAAGUUUGUAUUGUUUCUUUUUAUUUAAGAGAUCAUUUUAAUUUUUGUAUUUGACAUUGUUGUGCAUAUGCAUGAAAAUCCUGCGAACAGAGGCCAUUUUCCAGACAAUAUCGUUUUCAACAAACAUUUUCACGAGUGGUCAUUUUUUAGUUAGUCAUUUUACACGAUUACGACACAGCCGCCAUCCGUCUUUAUAUUUUAGGAGAAUGGAUUUUUUUUUACAUUGUUGGAGUUUUUGUCUAAAUUCUUUUUGUUUUUUGUUGAACUGUUAGGAUUUUAAUCUGAUCAGAAGGGGUACCGGUAUACCUUAUUAAAUGUAACUAGAAAAUUGAAAUUUUACAAUAACAUAUUUCUAUAGAAAUGUUUUGCUUUCAAACGGUUUACUCUUUGUGGUCAGCCAGAGACUAGGAAGAUUUGUGUAAUACAGAAUGUUUUCCAGUGCUUUUUAUAUAAAUGUGCUAUAUACUUUUAUUCCCAAUUAUUUGGGGCGUUAUGUCAAACAUUGCUCAAGCAUUGCUCUGUUUUUUUUUUUUAUAGAUUUGAUUUCUUUUAAACAAGUGCUGAACAUCAUAUUCAAAAUGUUGAUUUGUCCUUUACUAGGAGAUAUAGUGGGUUCUGAAAAUAUGGAUGAGUCUCAUAGGAAAAGCAUCAGUCUUUGGAUCGAAUUUCAUGAAACUGUUCUCGUGCUGAAACAUGAAUUUUGUGCCCGAGCCUAAUUUCAUGUUCUGGAUACGAGUAAUCUUCAGUAAAAUUUAAAGACACAUACCGUUUUCAAUAUAUCCAUUUGUCUUUUUGGUCGUUUGACAUGAUUUAGGCGAGUUACAGGAAAUUUGGUUUGAGGACAGCAUCCAUGCUCGAGUAUGAGAGCGAUUUCAUGAAUACAAGGACUCGUAUAUCUGUGUCCCAAAAUCACUGAUUGCUCAGAUUUCUUCUUCACCUAUUAUAUUGUUUAAGUAUUCAUGAUGCUUUAAAUGUUUUGUUGUUAACUUUAACCUUGAAAUGUUUUGAAAUAGUAAGCAUAAUUUCAAUAAUCUGACGUCGUUAUCUGUAGUGACCUCAAAUCAUAGAUGUACACGACAGUAUCUGUAUUUAUACCUAUGUAUAACGUUUUCGCACAUUUGUUGUAUUUAUAGCUACACAACCAUGUUCAUAUACAAUUGUUUAUGUACGUUUUUUAAUAUAACGCACAGCCAGUAUGCAUUGUCUGUCUUUCUCCCUUUGUUUAGAGUAGGCGGGAUAUAUGUUAAUAUCGUGAUAUCAUAUUUAAACAACACGAUAUUAUUCUUUAUUUUUAGCUCACCAUCCCACUUCCUAUGUGGUCCAUCGCCCGUCAUUCUGUCAAUCCGUCCUAAACAAUUGUUGUAAACGAUAUUUGUCAGGAAACAUUUCAGGGAUCUGUCUCACAUUUCACAUGAAGGUUACAUUUGGCUCUUAGUAACGCAAUACGAAUGUUGGCACUGAUUGGAAAGAAACAAGGUUCAUUUCAUGUUGACAUGACGCAAUCCAGCAGAUAAAAGGAAAGAAGAGAACGAUAAAUCCCUACAUAGAACAUAUGAAGAUGGUACGAUGGUCGGUACCACGAUCCCUCUAAGAGCACUUGUUAGAUCACUUGUUAGAAUGUUAAAACAUGUUAUAACUGUAAACAUAUAGCAGUAAGAACAUCGUGAUAACAAUCAUUGCCAGUUAAGUGUUUAGUUUCCUCCUACGACUAAUAGUAACAGUAUAUUUAGAAAGCCUAUCACAAACCAGUUGAUUGAAAUUGCAGAUUCUCUAGUACAGUAUGACGUCGUAGAGUAUUGCGACUUUGCAUGUGUCUGUGAUCAAAAUUCAUUUGUUAUGGUCAAAGUGCAUUAUUUUGAGGAUUUUGAUUUGGAGACCUGUAUAAAGUAAAUUUUCCAACUGUGUAAUCUAAAUGGGGAUAACGUGACAACACCUUUAAGUUCUUAGUCUAAGAGUAAGGAAUCGAUUUUGUAUGUAACAGCAUUACAUCAUGUGCUUCUGAACUUGUGACAGCCUCGAGCUCGGCAUAAUUCAACUGUGUUUUUGUGAUAUUCCCGCGGCACUUCUCCUACAAAAUCUAUAUUCUAUAAAAAACAUUGUUUUAUUUUAAUCGUUUUAAAGGUUUUCCUCGGGGGUGGGGGUGGGGGUGUAGUGUUUAUAAUACUUUUUAAACUUUGUAUAUCUGGAGCACAUACGAAUUCUUAUAUUUUGUAGGGUAAAACACAAAUUUCACUUUAAAUGAUAACCUUCUCAAACGACUUUUAUACAUUAUGUAAUUUGCAUUUUAUGGCAAGUUUUAUUGAAAUUUUAUUCUUAAAUUUUGAUGUGGGACACUUUUCACAGUCACUGUUUUCUUUUAGUGUUCAUUUACAUUGCUUACACUUGUUUCACGCUGUUAAAGCGUUUAUCGAUACUAUUAUUUUGUCUAUAUGUAUGUUUACAUUUGUUUAGUUUUUUGUACAUGGUGCUUAUUGUAGUUUCGUAUUUAUGUUAAAGACGUACAGUGGUAAACAAAUUUAAAAUCAAUUUUAUACUGUUAUCUAAAAUGCCCUUAAUUGACGUACGACAGUGAUUGAUGUUUUGUUUUUAUGCAUUUAGACCUGCUGGCAAUUAUAAUUUUGAUACUUUCUGUGUUGGUAAUUACGUAGCAAUACCUCAAUACUGGCUUUACUAUUGAGCGUUCGCCCAGGUAAAGAAAGCAAUAGGCUCUGUCCCCAGGCUGUGACAUACCAAAUUACUUCAAAAUGAUAAUCGUUAUACCCUGCUUAAAGUUCAGUAGUUUUGGUAGUCGCAACAACUGGUUCACCCGUUGUCAGUAUCGUGUAACCGUGCGGAGUGCUGUGCUGGGUGCCUUCGGCAUGGUAUUUCAGUGAGAUAGCACUUUAAAGUUGCCAUCAGAAGGAGGCAAGUCCAUCACAAGGAGGCAAGUACACCAAAAUACCAUGUCUCCGACACGCACACACACACAUUCACGUAUACACAACACACAUGGAGGCACGUCCUUAAAUGACCUUAACUGUUAAUAGGACGUUAAACAAAAUAAAACCAAACCAAACGUAGCAAAGCAGGUAUACACUUGUAGGGAUAGAUAUAUGGAUUAUACAAAUACAUGUGCGUAACGAUAUCACAAACAGUCAGGAAUAAAAGUAACCUUUUCCGUCAUACACAGCUAUGAAUAAAUAUUAUUUUAUCAGUUUUGUACACAGCAACAGGUGCUUGAAAAUAGUAUCGCAUAAUAUAUAAUAAUAUAUUCGUAUUACUUGGAUGAUAUAUGUAUACAAUGGUAUAGAUGCAGUUAUCAUUGUUAUUUAUGGUGUGUGAAUAGAUGUAAUUUGAUAAAGAUUACAUUGUAGUCAUUGUUUUAUCCAAUGCUAAUUGGGAAAAUACAUCAAUAAUGGGAGAAAUCAUAACCAAUCAUAUUGCAUUUAACUAUUUUCUAUAUAUAUACAUAUUAUAUUCAAUACCGUGCCUGAUAUAAAUUACCUAAUUAUAUACUCAGUAAUGUUAUCUGUAAAGUAACGCUGCACUUAAGAUAUGUUGAUUUGUUUUUGUGAAUGGGGUGUUUUAAUUAUAUCAUUGACUUGAGUAGAGGUCAUGAUAUAGUUGUAGUAUAUGUAUAUAAUAUAUGUAUAAAUAUGGUGUAAGAAACAGUUAACUUUCGGAGUUUUCCUUUUUAUAUUUGCAUGUUUGCAGUGUUCCUGUUUGUCUGUAUUGGUAUCAAGUUCAAAUCAUGUUCAUGUAUAUAUAUAUAACUGAUGUGGUAUAUCGUUUACGAUGCCAUUUAUCAAUUAUGGACUUUUCUUGAAGUGAAUAUGCGGUUAUAUUAACCUGAGAAAGAGAUAUCACUAGUUCAUGUCCAUACUUCCAAAAAUGUACCGAAAUAAAACUUUUCAAUUGUUAUAAUAAUUAUGAUGCUAAAUGAUGUUUAAAUCAUUGAAGUUGAUAAAACAUAUGAAAAUGGUCAAAAGGAAAAUCCAGCAUUUUGCAGAAAGUAUUGUGACGUUGCAUGUACAUUGACCUGCUACUUCUAAAAUUUCUAAGACCUAGUCAUUAUCAAAAAUCGUCAACCUCCACGUGAUUUUGAUCCAGCCUAUGAAGAUGUAGGUAACAUGUGCGUCAUCUAAUACAAUGUAUACCAGAUGUAUUAUAUCUUGAUCUGAUAGUGCUUUGUUGGUGUGAUGUACAUGUGAUUGCUCUAUGUUCCUUAUACUGCUGUUUAAUUGUUACGUAUCGUUGAUUUUAUAAUGUAUAUAUAAAUGAUAAUUUUAGCAUGACCAUAGAAAAAACUACGUAAAUCAGUGAACGAGCAUCAUACAAUUUCCUCGUUGAUAUAAUGGUCUAUCACAUGUAUUUUAUGUUUGGUUAUCAACAAAAAGAUGACUCAUAUCCGUGAAUAAAUAAAUGUAUAGACCAUAAUUGAAUAGAUUUUAAUAAUUAAAUUGGAGUUGUGUCCCCUACACUCUUGAUUGGGACUUCUAUAACAGCCUAUAUAUAAUAUUUGUAAGAUAAACUUUGUAAGACCUUUGACAAAUACGAAAUCAGUAUAAUUUGUUGAAUUUGGAAUUGAAAUAAAUUACAUCCUAUAAAGAAUAUCGCAAAAGAGAUGAUACUGCCCCCUAUUAUUGAAAUAACAUCCCAAAGUUGACAAAAUAUCUUAAUGCUUCAACAGUGAGAAAUCUAAGUAAUGAAAAUAUAGAUCGAUAGUUACUGGAAAAUGAAAAAAAGGGGCAAAAAAGUGUUUAAAUAUAGGGAUUGA